UUCACUGUACUCACUGAUCUGGGAACUAUUAAAACAGGACUAGAAAAGCUCUGCUCUGCUCCCAGCCUAGCUGUGAUACCAUCUUGUUGGAAUCUCUGUUCUUGAAAUCUACCCCAGAGAGACUCAGCUAAAGUUGAGAAAAUUCAAGUGCUCAGAUGGUAAUCUCUUACCCUGAGUUGUGGAAAGACCUUGUAACAAACCCCAGAAGAUUACUGUAGGAGGAGCCUGACAAUUUAUUUUUUUUUAAUGCUAAUUCUCCUUUUCCAGUGGGAAUGAAUGAUGUCAUCCUGUCUCCUCCCACUGUGUAAACUAAGCUUGUGUCAAAGUGUUGCUGCCUCUUGUCACAGAGGGAACAGUUCACUUAAAUGCAGCUGCGGUACUUUUGUGUGCUACCUGUCAGAAUCAUUCCCAGUUCCAGGUUGGGUUUGCGACCAUGAUGCCAAGAUUGGUCUUUCUCCUUUUCUGUGGAUGUAUUGCACUGAACCUGGGAAAUGCUCAGAAAUUGCCCAGAGUGAAAAGGCAGAAUCUGAAAGUUCAGAUCAAUGCAACAGAUGACACUGUUUGCAUGAGGUAUCUGCGACCGAGUCAAAACACCAAACUAGAAGGUUUUAUCCUGGGUUAUGGAAGCAGCUUCUUUUCCAAUCAGUACGUUCCUUUACCUGCAGAGGGAAAAACCUCCAUAACAGAACUUGAUGCAGAACCACGAUACUUGGUUUCAGUAAGACCAGCACGUGUCUCAAAUAACAAGAAAUCUUGUUCAGGUCGGACCAAGACUCAAAAGCCUCUGCAGCUGGUAGUUGGCACUCUCACCCCAACCUCUGUGUUCCUCUCUUGGGGCAUUCUAGUCAACCCUAAACAUGACUGGACAGCUACAAGUAACUGUGCUAGCGACAGAUUCUAUACAGUUCGCUACAGAGAAAAGGGUAAAGACAAGAAAUGGGUUUUUCAGCUUUGCCCAGUUACAGAGACAGUGGUGGACAAUUUGAAGCCAAACACGCUUUAUGAAUUUGGAGUUAAAGAUAACAUGGAUGAUAGUGUCUGGAGCAAGACUUUCAGUCAUAAGAUAGAUCUCUCUAAUAAAAAAGGAAAUGGACAAUUCCUGAACAUGUACAAGUUGGUACCUAACUCUCAAACACAGCUUACACUGCGUGAUAAUAAGAAGUUGGUCCCAGUCACAAUAAUCAAACAAGUCAUUCAAAAUCGGACACAGUCAAAAACUGCAGACAGUUCUUCCCUCCCAGGAGCAAUAUUAGUGCACCUUAUAGUUCCAGGUCUCAAUGAAACUCAGCAGAGACUUCCUCCUCUCCUGACAAUAGAUGAUAUACCUCAAGCAUCCAGGAAAAAAUUAGCUAAGAAUGAAACUCAAGUAUGGCCUGCUGAGUCCAAAACACCAGAAGUUCAAGAGAUCUCUCCACAGUCUCUCCCAGCUCAGCAUGAGAAAAAACAUGGACCUGAGGAACUUAAAUCAACACCUAAACCUGAAUUGGUGCAAACACAAAACAUACUGGCUACUAAUGAAAUACAACCACUUUCUUCUGGAUCCAGAAUCCUUGAGGCUCCAAAAAGUCCAUUGACAGAACUUGCUACUCAGAGUCCAGCCUUGAAAUCCACAUCUCUACCUUCUUCAGAAACAAGAGAGAUGGAGAUGGCUUCUGAGGAAACACAGCUUGUUGAUUCAGGAUCUAAAACACCUGGUACCACAGAAGGGCAACCAAUCAGAUCUGCUUCACAUGACUUCCUUCAUGUUACUUCUACUCCCCAAACUUUUACAGCUUCAGAAAAAACAGACACUGGAGAUACUGCUACUCAGUUGGAAAUAUCCAGGCCCAUAAUUACUACAGAACCUCAGUUGUUAGAAACAACAAUGGAUUUAGGUGAAAGGAAGCCACUUUCUUCAGGUCCCACCACAUCAGGCAUGCCAGAAAUGCCACCAAUCACAGCUGCCACCCAGAGGCUGCGCCCAGAAUCCACCACCUCUGCUUCAGUGGAAACCAGAAGGCGUGUGAAGGCUACUCGAAGACCAAGGCGGAAGUCCACCACACCUUCCCCUGUGACAACCCAGCAAACCACGAUGGCAUCACAGGAUUCUCUUCAUCUUACUACCACUCCCCAUAUAUCUACAUCUGCAAUUAUGCCAGAGCGAGAGACUGCCACCCAGAGGCUGCGCCCAGAAUCCACCACCUCUGCUUCAGUGGAAACCAGAAGGCGUGUGAAGGCUACUCGAAGACCAAGGCGGAAGUCCACCACACCUUCCCCUGUGACAACCCAGCAAACCACGAUGGCUUCAGUGGACUCUCAUCAUGUUACUUACCCGUUCCAAACAUCUGCAUCAGCAGAAAUAUCAAAACCAGAGGCUGUUACAAGUUCAGCUGACCUGGAAAAAUCUAUGCUUCCACUUUCCAGAACACCCCAUGUGCUAACAACAACUAUGGCUUACAGUGGUAUUCAGCCUGUUCUUUCAAGCCCCAUGACACCUAGUAAGCCUGAAAUAGCAGAUGCUGGACCAGCAACAAGUGAAUCCUUUCUGGAAACACUCACACCUAAAACUUCUCAUCCUUUUCAAUGGCCAAGGGUAACAUUAGCUCCAAGAGAAAUGCCACUUAUUCCUUCUAAACCAAAACCAUCUGUUAGCCCAGAAGUACAGCCUGUAAAACCUGCCCCUAAGCCACCACUUUUGGAGCCUAAAACCUCUCCGACUGUUGAACAACCAAAUGCAACACUAGCUCCUAAAGAAGCAAAACUCACGCCUUCUGCAUCUAAACCUAGACCAUCUACCAGACCCAAAAAGCCACGAAGAAAACCUGCAACCACUCCGAUGUCAGUCACUACUAGAAGUCUCUACACAUAUGAACAUCCAAAGUCUGCAGAGGUCUUGGAGCCUGUUACACUUAGAAUUGAACCACCAAGGUCAACAAUAGCUCCAAAAGAGACUCAACGUGUUCCUUCUAAGCCUAAAACUCCACCCAAACCUCAUAUCCCACAAGACAAAAAUGUCCUGGACUCUGUAACACAUAGAAGUGAUCGACUAAAACCAACAAUAGUUCCAAAAGAAACACAGCGUGUUCCCUCCAAACCUAGAACAUCCCCAAGUUCAGAAGUGCCACAAACCAAACCUGUUCUGGAACCAAUUACGUUUGGAACUGAGAAACCAAAGUCAACAGUAGGUCCUAAAGAUGCACGUCAUAGGCCUUCCAAACCUAAAACAUCACCCAGCCCUCCACGUGUUCCUCCAACUAGAGCAACUCCAAAAGAAAGUCAGCGAGUCUCUUCCAAGCCUAGAGCAUCACCAAGUCCAGAUGUACCAUACACAAAACCUGUUUUAGCACCUACUACAUUUACAGUUGAACAACCAAAGACAGCAACAGCUCCUAAAGAACCACAACAUACUCCUUUUAAACCUAAAGCAGCUCAUACCCCAGAUGCUCCAUACAGCAAACCUGAAACCAUUCCAACCUUCCAUGAACCACACACUUCUAUGAUUCCUCAUAUUCCUGAAAGAACAAAGGCAACAUUGGUUCCAACUGAAAAACAGUUUGUUCAUACCAAGCCAAAAACAUCUGAAAAACCAAGAGUGCCACACACCAAACCUGCAAUACAUCAGACAACUCCACAACCAGUUAUUGCAAAAUCUACUACCACUGAGCAUUCAAGGGCAACAAUGGCUCCAAAAGAAACACUGCUCAUUCCUUCCAAACCCAAAACAUCUGUUGAGCCAGAAGUACUACAGACUAAAACUGCUCCAAGGGCAACACACCUGGGAUCAAUUAACCUUAUAACAGUUCAUGUUGUUGAUGGGUCCAAAAUGACUUUAGCUCCAAAUGAAACGUACCACAUUUCACCCAAGCCCAAAACAGCUCUGGCAACUGAAAUUCCACGGUUCAGUUCAGCACCUCAUAAAACACGUCUCACUUCUGCAAGACCAAAGCCAUCUGAUAGGUCACAGACCAAACCUGCUCUUAUUGAAACCACAGUAGCACCAGCAAGAACAAAAGCACCUGGGCUGCCAAAGUGGAUUGUGCCAUCAACAGAUGAUGUCUAUACACCUGAAGAUAUCAUCAGACAAAUUGGUGUGGAUGUGGAAAAGCCUUUGGAAUAUAUUGAUACCUGGGAAAAGCCAAUUUCUGUAACUACAUCACCUGGGCCUCAACGUCCACCUAUACCUCCUGUCAAGCCUACACAAAUGCGAAGAAAACCUCUGCCUCCAAACACCGUGACUGGUAAACCAGGGAGUCCAGCUAAACCAGCUGGCCCAACACCACCUGUGAAGGCAGGAACACCAUCUAAGAUGCCAACAGCUUUUGCAACUCCAGAGGAUUACGUUGAUGCAACUGUCUUCAGCUCAAGUCCUACAUCAGAAACAGAUUCCUCAGGCAAACCAAGGUAUCAAGCUCCCCAUGUCAAAUACAUGAAGAAAGAUGAUGAUGUGCCUUGCUCUAUCACAAGCUCUCUCGAACAUUUUCCUCAAGAAGAAGUUAGCAGCAAGGAAGAACCUACUCGUCCUCCACAAAAUCCUCCAACCAACCUCACAGUGGUGACUGUUGAAGGCUGCCCAACUUUUGUCAUAUUGGACUGGGAAAAACCAGACAACGACACUGUUACUGAGUAUGAGGUUGUGUCAACUGAAAAUGGAGCAAGAGAUGGUGAAAAGGAGAAAUCGAUUAUCACUACAAAUCAGACCCAUUCUACUGUGGAAAACCUAAAGCCUGACACGAGUUAUGAAUUCCAUGUAAAACCUAAAAACCCUCUUGGUGAAGGCCCCAGUAGCAGCGUUGUGGCAUUCAGCACUGAAUCAGCGGACCCAAGAGUGAGUGAGCCAAUUUCAAUGGGCAAAGAUGCUAUCUGGACUGAAAUCAAAUUUAAUUCUGACACCUAUUCAGAAUGCAAAGGGAAACAAUACGUGAAGAGGACAUGGUAUAAGAAAUUUGUAGGCGUGCAGCUGUGCAAUUCUUUGAGAUACAAGAUAUACCUCAGUGACUCGCUCACAGGAAAAUUUUAUAACAUAGGAGACCAGAGAGGCCAUGGAGAAGAUCAUUGCCAAUUUGUAGACUCAUUCCUGGACGGAAGGACAGGACAGCAAGAAGAUCUACCAGUCAAAGAUGGAUUUUUCAGGGCAGUUCGUCAGGAGCCUGUCAAAUUUGGCAAAAUUGGCGGGGAGACUCAAAUCAACUACGUUCGCUGGUACGAGUGUGGCACAUCAAUACCCGGGAAAUGGUAGAUGCUGCAUGAACUUGGUGACCAAACAGCCCAGCACGAACUACCCCUGCCCAGCUGCCCAAGGCAGGACCAGAGAUGGAAAUGUUUCUGAUCUGCUUGGCAUCACAGUAUGUUUGCUGGUGUGCAAGAGUCUGUGCAAGUCCAAUGCCAAUGCUUCAUUCAUUGUGUAAUAGCGUAGGCUGCUUGCUGUAGUUACUCCUGUUUUACAAAUGUGUUUUUAGAUUUUAAACUCAGAAUCCCAAAGAGGCUAGGGACGUGUUGUAGGAUAAUGUAUAGGGAAGCUGGCUCCCUAUUCUUGAGGUCUGGUUUACAUGGUAUUUUAAAAGAUAGGGUGUGUAUAUUAUUUAUCACAAUGUUGUAAUAAAUGUUGAAGGCACAGUUAGCAGAGCUGCCCCUGGAAUGCAAUGUGCAGUAGUUUUUAAACAGUCACUGGUCUUCUUCUAAGUGCCACAAGCUACCUGCCCAGGCAGAUCUCAGCUGUCUCCCCAGCGAUAAAUUAUACAACAGACCCUUCACUUUUCAGCACUCCACAAGCAGUGAACUUGAAGCGCUUUUCUCCUUACACAGUUUAUGACCCUGACAGAACAAUAAGGUGGGUAGCUACACAAGCAGCCUUAGGCCAUCUUUAGGGUUUUCUUCCAUGUUUUUUUUUUUUCAUCUUUGUUUUCCUAAGCUUCAGCUCCAGCAGAGUAUGCUCAGCCUAUUGCUCUGGAGUCCAAGCCACUGCCCAUGAGCGUGGCAGUGCCUGGCUGGUGGGUUUGGUUUCCUCCAAAGUUAAAGUAGAUGGGUGCCUAUGUAUACAGAACCAUAGAACUGCUGAGGUUGGAAAAGACCUUUGAGACCACGAAAUCAAAUUUCUUGCCAUAAACUGUAGUUUUCAGAGACUAAGACUUACUGGUUCAAAAAGCAGCUGUAAGUACAGUGAAGGAGGAAUUGGGGGAAAAAAUGAAACAGGGAAAACAAUAAGCUACUUAUCACGCUAGCACCCAGGGUUUACUUUAAAAGGAGAAGAUUAAAACGUGGUUUAAAAGAUUGCUCAGUGGGGACAAAGGGGAAAUAGUGACAACUGAAUUUUACUGCUUGACAGUCAUUUCGAUUAAAACCUCUCCCAAAGCUACUUGUACUGCUUGACCAUUUACGAAUUAAAUAAAGAGAUGUAGUUUUUCUUAAAGGUGUUAUUGGUUACAUCACUAAUGUAUUGAAGACCAAGGAACAUGAGCAGGAACACCCAGAUAAAUAGAUAUAUAUAUAUAUAUAUAUAUUAGUAGAAAUAGUCAUUUAUAGAAAAUGCCUUAUAAAGUACAUUGCAGGUACACUGUACUCCUAAUAAAAUAUUUUUUAAUCAA